AUGACUCAAACAUUAGAUGAAUCGACUAUUUUUGAUGAUAAAUACAAUUUGGAUUUGUGUAUCAAAACUGGUCGAUUCAGUUGUAUAUACCAUUGCACUGAUAAAUCAAAAGGUGACAAAUAUUUGGCCAAAUUUAUUGAUUUAAGAAGUUUUACUAUCAAUGACAAUGAUUUUAUUAAUACAGUUAUUGUCGAUGAAUGUCAACGAUUGCAGCGAAUGACACACAAACAGAUUGCAAACAUUUAUGAGACAUACAUAUUAUCGCAACAAAUCGUUUGUCUCGUCUAUCAAUUCAUUGAAGGCAAUAAUUUAUUAGUUGAAAUUGUCAACAGAGCUAAUGCUGGAUAUAUUUACAGUGAAAAUGUUAUCAGUUAUUAUAUGAACCAAAUAAUGGAAGCAAUAGAUUACUGCCAUAAGUCUGACAUAAUUCACGGCAAUAUAAGGGCUGAAAACAUCUUAAUGUCAAACAAUAAGAGUGAAGGAGUCAUCAAAUUAUGUGGUUUUGGGAGAACUCUAAUCCAGAAUCACUUCAAACAAAGUUGUGUUCAUUAUUAUGAAACAAACAAUUUAUUUAAUUUGUUGCCAAACCCUUAUAUGGCGCCUGAAUUACAUCAACCAAAUGCUGUAUUUACUAAAGCUUCAGACAUUUAUAGCUCCGGGAUCUUACUUUUGACACUUCUUUGUGGAUCUUCUUUACAUUUUGACCCUCAAAUAGAUUUCUUUUCGAUUGGAGAGAAAAUAUGGAACGGAAUCAGUGAUAUCACUAAAGAAUUGGUACUCAAAAUGCUUAAACCAAAAGCAAACUCAAGAAUUACAGCUCACGACGUCUUAAAUCAUAAAUGGCUUUCUAGACAAAGAACAACAAGAUUUAGGUAA